AUGACUCAAGAUCAACCUUCUACUUCAAAACAAACAUAUUCAGAUCCAAAUCCUUAUUUAUAUCAUCGUAAAGAUGAAGUCGAUCAGGAUGGCACGCUCAAGCUUCCCGCCGAAUUGCGCGAGCAAUCCAGAUUUCCCGAGUUUCUACCAGAGUGGGACCCAAAACAGAAGUUUGAGCCAUUGAAGUUUCAUCACUAUGAAGAUCCUGCUCUACGGGCUGAUCCAUCUUUGCCUAAUUUGUUUCCAAAAUAUGAAGAAAGCAAGGUAAUAGUCAAGAAAUUAACUCCUAAGUUGGGCAGCGAGAUCAGGGGAUUGCAAUUGAGUCAGCUCUCUGAUCCUGAGAAAGAUGAGCUAGCGUUGUUUGUCGCGCAGCGUGGAGUGGUCGUCUUUCGGGACCAAGAUUUCGCUCAACACGGGCCGAAAUUUGCCUCCGAUUAUGGUAGGUAUUUUGGAAAGCUCCAUAUUCAUCAAACUUCUGGAGCCCCUAAAAAUCACACGGAGCUUCACAUUGUUUACCGUAGACCUGAUCCUCAAGAGCUCGAAAGCUUUUUUCGAGACAAAACCUCUUCUAUUGUCUUCCACACAGACGUCUCUUACGAAUUGCAACCACCAUCUUACACCUUUUUUUCGGUUCUCGAAGGUCCUGACGGAGGCGGUGAUACUCUAUUUAGCGACUCCUUGACAGCUUUCGAAAGGCUCUCUCCUCUAUUUCAAGAGUUUUUGAGUACCCUGCAUGUCGUUCACAGCGCCAAGGAGCAGGCCAAUGACUCGAAAAUUCAAGGAGGUAUUCAAAGACGUGUUCCUGUUACCCACAUUCAUCCAUUAAUCAGAUAUCACCCUGUGUUGAAGAAGAAGACUAUCUUUGUAAACAGUGGGUUUUCGCGUCGUAUUGUGGAGUUGAAAAAGCCCGAGUCUGACCAUUUAUUACAAUUCCUGUACAAUUUGGUUAAUAACACCCAUGAUUUGCAGUUGAGGGCGAAAUGGGAACCUGGAACAGUCACGAUUUGGGACAACCGUCGUGUACACCAUUCUGCACUAGUAGACUGGGAUGAACCAACUCUGAGACACGCUUUCCGCAUAACGCCACAGGCUGAGAGACCCAUUGAGGAUCCAAGGUAUUACAAUGAUGCGAAAUACUAUCCAUCUAGUUUGACCCUCGACCACUGA